GAGUGGAUGUCGUCCCAUCUCCUGUGAGCCCAGCACUCCUUCCGUCCAAUCUACAGUUUGAAAUCUGCAAUGUCAACCUCGGAAUGUCUCGAUUCUAUGAGCAAUAUGAUUUCGUCCACGUUCGUUGCAUUGGAGGUGGAAUGACCGACAUGGAUCAAACUAUUGUUGAACUCCAGAGGUGUCUAAAACCGGGGGGUGUAUUACUCAUUAUUGAUGGCGAUAUGAUUGUCUACGAAGGUCGAGAGAAGCCAGCUAGAAUGAAGAAAUUACCUGGAGACCCGGAUGUAAGCGGUGUGAGUGAAGAUGGGUCCUGGCUUCGAAGGAUGAUAGCUGAGACUUGGGAAGGAUGCACUAUAGACGGAUCUGGUCUACAUCGUGCCAGCGAAUUGACCCUAUUAGGGCUAUGGGAUUAUCCUCUCAUGGAUCCUGAAACAGCUCGAUCUGGUGGAUCUACUAAUGUCGAAACUCAGCUACUACAAUACGCAGGGGAAUCGAUCAGAAAAGGGUUUAUGAACAUUCAUCAUGCAUACCAUUCAAAGCUUUUGCAACAUGGACUAAGUCAGGAUGUACUGAAUGAGUGGUCCAGGAACAUCGACGAAG